AUGAGUUAAUUACCUCCCUUUGGACACUAAGGCUCAACCCUGGUUGACCCACCUACACAGGUGAAUAUAAAGUUUAGGUUCAACCGCUCGCAGACACCAAAUAUCAGUCCAGGAGCAUCCUAAACAUCCCUACACUGAGACAACAUGGACCCAAGAGCCUCCCUCUCUAUUCUGCUGAUUCUCUUCGGCAUCUCCCAGGCGUCUCCUGUCAGGAAGCCUGUCCAUCACAAUGGGUUCUCACCCAUACCUGGAAAUGUGGACAUCACAACAAAGAUUUUGGAGUCCAACAAUGCAUCAUCGGUACACCUGAUUGAAGGAGAUCUGGUGUUUCCCAAAACCAAAAAUGCUCUCUACUGCUACAACAACAACUGUUUCUGGAAGAAAAACUCUAGCAACCUUGUAGAGGUCCCUUAUAUAAUAAGCAGUGAAUACUCCUCUAGUGACAUCUCUGUUAUUCAGAAUGCCAUGUCCACCUUUCACAACAAAACCUGCAUCCGCUUUGUGCUCAGAUCAUCUCAGACCGACUACAUCAGUAUUGAGAACAAAGAUGGGUGCUACUCUUAUCUUGGUAGAAUUGGUGGCAAGCAGGUGGUCUCCCUCAAAAGAACUGGUUGUGUGUAUCGUGGCAUCGUACAACAUGAGCUCAAUCAUGCUCUGGGCUUCUACCACGAGCAAAGCAGGAGCGAUCGUGACAAGUAUGUCAGAAUCAACUGGGAGUACAUCCCUACCAAUUAUGCCUCCAACUUUCAAUUGAAGAACACUAACAAUCAAAACACCACAUAUGACUACGGCUCCAUCAUGCACUAUGGAAGAACGGCCUUCACUAACCAGACCGGAAAGGACACCAUCACUCCCAUUCCUGAUGCGACGGUGGCAAUCGGACAGAGGCAGGAUAUGUCUAACAUCGACAUCCUGAGGAUCAACAAGCUAUAUGGAUGUGCUGUUUAAUCAUUUAUUAUGUUUUAUCCAUAUACAGAUGAAUAAUGUAAUGAGGUGAUGGUCUUUGUCUUUUGAUGGUUUUAAAUUGGGUAAAAAUGUUUGAUUUUACACGGGAAAAUAAAGCUAAUUAU